UGCGGAGCCGAGAGGAUGUGACCAAUUCGGUUGCGCGUUCGACUGGCCCCUUAGUUCUGUCGGCGACCUUCGCUCGUCUGGGACGUCCCAGACAUCACCACGGCUCCGACGGCGCCGAGUGAGGAGCCAUCGAGUUUUGCAUACCCCCGUUUCGGCCCCCAAAGACAAGGAAUCUACCCAGGAACACUCGUCAAAUUGAACCUGUUGGAAUUCGCGAAGCGUCCUUCUAAGACAUCGUGGCUCCUGGCUACUGCGUGACGUGAGAGUGGGCGGAAAGGCGGUUUCAACGCGGCUGUCGUCUGCUCGAAGAUAAAGGAAGAGUACAUCUUGUCCAGGCUAGUCGCUACGCAACCGCAAGUCUGGUGGGAAUGGUAGUGGAUCGUCUGCUUCUUUGCCGCACCGAAGUAACCUGGAACUUUGAGCUGUCUACCCGGAAAACGAAGCUGCGAACACUCGUAUCCUGACUGAGAAGAAAGAAACAGACAAAAGAACCAUAGUUUCGACAGCCUUGAGGAAGCACGCACGCAUAAAGUGUAAAGCCUCGGGUUGAAGAGGUUGUACGCCGUUGAAGAUACGCACAACAUUAGACGUAGACACGAAUCACAGCCCGGGGAAAGUAAGUGGAGGGGCAAUUAGCCGUUGAGUCGGAGCACAGCUAGGAUUAAGACAAGCGGAGAAGGAAUAUCCACUCGAGUGUGUUACACAACUGAGAUAAGAAGAAGUCCCGUGUACACAAGGAACACUAGAUACGUGGGCGACCCGGUGUUUAUGUAUGCAGAAAGAAUCACCGAGCAACGGCGGUAGUCCCAGACACCGGUGCCAGAAUUAGUGGCACUUCGUACGAGGUCGAGGCAUAAAAGGCCACGCACGUGUAAAGCAGUCUAGAGAUUACAACAAUACCUGCCGACUGUCUGCAAAGGAGUUGCGGAACGGGACACUGAAAAGACAAGGACGGGAGUGUACUGCAAGACGCUCCUGAAACACGUGAAGGACACUCUGUGAGCACGUGUGAAUACGCAGCCGGACUACAGAACGACGACAGGUUCACGGAAACACGACGCCUGCCUAGGUGCAAAGGACGGCGAAAGGAACCGGUCAGAUCACUGAAUAGUAACCGUAUUACGUGCAGCUCAGGCUAAGCGUCGGAGGCUUGUCGUUGUCGUAACUGAAAUCUCGUUGGCGUGCGCGCCGAUCGACUGCAACUGUAGCCGGAGCCCUUCGGACGAGCACCCUCCCCGAGAACACGUUCCACUGUGGACUCGAAGACUGGACAGGGUUUUCCAGAUAGUCCGGUAAAAAUAAUCAGAUUUUUGACUGACAGCCGCCGAGUGUACAUGAACAGGGGACAUACAUUUCCAUAGCAACCUUCUUAAGGGUCAGCGUGUGAGAAACUACGCAAAGGACACUCUUAACAAGGAAGAGUGCGAGAUGGCUGCUGCUCACUUUGCCGUGCUGGACUACGUCGUGCUCGUCGGGUUCCUGGUGCUCUCGGCCGGCAUCGGGGUGUUCUUCGCGUGGCGUGACCGGCGGGCAGGCUCCAACAAACACUUCCUGACCGGAAACAGGGAACUGAGCUGGCUUCCGGUGUCCAUGUCGAUGAUGGCCAGCUUCCUUUCUUCCAUCGCCAUCCUCGGACUUCCGUCGGAAGUGUUCCUGCGCGGCUCGACCAUCUGGACCGGUGCCAUUUCGUCUAGCCUGGCUGUCCUCGUGGCGGCUUUCGUAUUCCUGCCCAUGUAUUACAAGAUGGAUAUCACCAGCAUCAACGAGUAUUUGGAGAAGAGGUUCAUGUCAACUGCUGUAAGAAACAUCGCGUCAGCCGUCUUUAUUGUGCAAACGCUCCUCUACAUGGGCGUUGUGCUCUACGGCCCUUCAUUGGCUCUUGGAUCGGUGACAGGCAUACCGGUAUGGUCCUCCAUCCUCCUGAACGGCGUCGUAUGCACCUUCUACACCGCCAUAGGCGGCAUCAAGGCUGUGGUGUGGACGGACGUGGUUCAGAUGAUUCUAAUUUACGUCGGCUACAUCAUGGUCAUCGCGUCGGGCAUCUACCACUUGGGAGGCUUCGGCAACAUGUGGCAGAUCGCCGGCGACGGAGGUCGGCUUAUAUUCGUCAACUUCAGCACAAGCCUCUACGACACGUACACAACCUGGAACGUCGUUCUCGGCUGGACUAUCGGUUGGAUGGCCGCCUACUGCGCCAGCCAGACUCAGGUGCAGCGCUACUCCAGCAUGAAGUCGCUCAAGCGAGCGCGCAGGGCGCUGCUGCUCAAUAUUCCCGGCGUGGCCCUGACCUUGUUGUUGUCCGUAUUGUCCGGACUGACAAUCUACGCCGUGUACCGGGACUGCGAUCCUACGCUCACUGGCGACAUCGACAAAGCAGAUCAGCUGAUGCCGUACAUUGUGCAAGACUUGCUGAGGAACUACCCGGGACUCAGCGGCCUCCUUGUGGCAUCUGUCUUCAGUGGUUCGCUAAGUACACUUUCCUCUGGCUACAACGCCCUGGCAGCGGUGACUUGGGACGACUUCGUUCGGCCUCGGGUCAACAUCAGCGAAGGCGCAGCGCUGCGACUCACGAAGCUAAUGGCCGCAGCCUACGGACUUCUCUCCAUAUCCAUCGCCUUUCUCACCGGCACCAUGGAAUCUAUCAUACAGGCCUCAGCUUCGCUGGUCGGAGCCCUGUCCGGUCCCCUGCUGGCCAUUUUCGUCCUAGGCACUUUCUUUCCUUGUUGCAAGAAGAAGGGCGCCAUUACGGGAAUCCUGGUAGCCAUGGCAACGUCCUGGUGGCUUGCCCUAGGCUCCAUCAUCUACCCGCGUGAUGCGGACGACCUGCCCACGUCCACCGCAGGAUGCACCGAUUUCAAUCAGACAAUCACGGCCGGCUCAUUCGACCCUCCACCGUUACCGAGCGGAAUCUUCCAAUUCUACCACAUCUCAUUCAUCUGGAUCGGCAUCGUCGGUUUUAUCACGCACAUGGUUGUCUCGCUGGCAGUCAGCCUCGUUUUCGAACGGAACGAGAAGGAAGAGGUGAACCCCAAGUACAUCUGUCCCUUCGUCCGGCAGUACAUGAGCAAUUACGUCAAGAAGAGCACCGACAACGUACUCAAGGAGCCUCUUCCAACAACGAACGGAGUGUCACCGGCGGAACUCAAGCGGUUGAUGUCAGAGGACCAAUAAAAAAAAGGAAAAAAAAUCACAGCA